AUGGCGGCGAUCAACCCCGAGGAACCCGAGUUCCCCCCUCUAGCGAUUGAUCCAAACAUGUUCCAUCGACUCCCGGAACUGCGGGCCCCGGAUGACGACUGGACAGGCAUUAGUAGCUCCGCGGAGCGAAAAAAGCUGCAGAACAGACUUAACCAGAGAGCUUGGCGCAGAAGAAAGAGGAUGGAACGCAUCCGAGAAAAGUCUAUCCAGGCUCUUGCCAACGGGCAAGAUGACUCUGGUGCCUCACAGCUGACUAUAGAGAGCGAUCUGGGGCCGCCGCUUGACGUUCUUCAGUUGUUCCGGGGUUAUGACAUGCUCCACAAUGCCAGGAAGAAGAAUGCUGCGAUGAAUCUAGUGAGACGGGUUUAUGAGGAAUACACCCUCAAACUUCCUCGCCCAGACAGUCUCCCCUUCUUGAUUAGACUGAACCUGCUCAAUGCCAUGGCGAGUAAUGCACGCCAUAUCGGGAUAUCGCCAGCAGGUUUGUGCUGUGAGGAGGUUAUCUCGCCAUUCAACCUCGCUGGCCCGCUCGAGCCAUGUCAUGCAUUGUCCCUGGCCAACUCACCAGCUGCUCUGGCUCCAACUCCCACACAAUAUCGGGUGCUUCAUCAUCCUUGGAUUGACCUAAUACCGUUCCCGGCGCUCCGAGACAAUCUCCUCGAGGCCUUGGAUGCGGGUUUCAUGGACGAUGACGACUUGUGCUUCGAUCUGGUAGACAUGGGCGGUGUAGAGACGGACAUAGUAACCCGGCCUGCAAUGAUUGUAUGGGGGGCUGCCUGGGACCCUGAGGGUUGGGAAGUGAACGCGGCGUUUCUGCAGAAAUGGGGAUUUCUAGCGAGAGGAUGCCCCGAGUUGAUCGCGGCGACAAAUGGAUGGAGAGUCAAGAGGGGAGAAAAGCCCUUUAUUAUGAAAGCAUGA